AUGAGCUCACUGACUGGUAACCAACAACCCAGAAGACCGACAAAGCCACCUUUGCAGCAUUUAGGGCAACAGCGACAACCCCAGCUGUCAACUCAGUUCACUGAACCGGAGCGACGCGAAAUUCAAACAAAGCUCAAUAAAGCUUUGGGUCCAGAAUACGUUAGUUAUCGUCCUGGAGGAGGUGGAAGCUCAGUCCAGUACAUAGAGGGUUGGAAGGCACUCAACUUGGCCAACGAAGUGUUUGGCUUCAACGGUUGGAAUUCGGAAAUAAUGUCGUGUGAGAUUGACUACUUAGACACGCAUGGCAACACGGGUCGGUGCUCCUUAGGUCUCUCUAUUGUGGUCAGGGUAACUCUUAAAGAUGGCACGUAUCAUGAAGAUAUUGGAUACGGAUACAUUGACAAUGCCAAAAGCAAGUCGCAAGCGUUCGAAAAGUGCAAAAAAGAGGCGUACACCGAUGGGAUAAAGCGAUGUCUAAGAUGCUUUGGUAAUGUUUUGGGUAACUGCUUAUACGAUAAGACAAUCGUGAAACAGAUGAGCAAGUUGGAAAAGAAAAGUAUCGAAUACGAGCCCGAUGACUUUCAUCGUGACCCUAUAUAUGCGGAAAGAGAACGAAAGAAGCAAGUGAUGGAAAAGAGAGCUCAAGAGGAAAAAGAGCGGGAGACAAGACGCGAACAGGAAAGGUUGAAUGCCCCUGAUGAAGCAUUUAUUACACCGAGACUGCCUUCGAAGGUAGUGCAACACGUGAACAAGAGAAAAGAUGCUGACGAAAUUGACGAAUCGUUCAAUUUCAGUGAUGAUGGUGCAGAGGACCACGAACUCGAUCAUGUGGAAACCAAAUCAACUCAGAUCGAGACGUCAGAGACCAAAGACCAAGAAGAAGAUGGAGAAGUGGAAGGAGAAGGAGAAGGAGAAGAUCUGAGUCAUUUCCCUGCAUUUGUGGCAGCAAAGAAUGCAGCACUUUUACAAUUGAAACAGGAUCGUAAUGGUGAGGAAAUACCUCAGUUUAACACUACAUUUGUGUCGCCCAAUAUUGAACGCACUGUUGACCCAACCAAAUCAGUGCCUGUGAAACGAACUGAUUUAAAGGGCAAGACGCCUCCACUCGGCGUGAAUCAUUUACAAAAUAGAGUAAAGAAACCGGUCACCAACAAUCAUUUGAGUAACAACUUUGGUAAAAGAAUUGGCGUCCCACCAAUGAGACCAGUCAGACGACUACAUGGAGAAGAGAUAUCUACAAUAGAAAAAUAG